AAGUUAAUUAAAUAAUUAUUUUUAAAUUACGUAUCUGUUAUAUGUGUAUAUAUCUAGCUUUUCAAUUGUAGAUGGUGCUUCGAGUUAAGUCAAUACGUGGCAAUUACGAAGCUUCGAUAAAUGUCACUUGUCAAUAAAUUGAAGUUGUCACUGAUAGAGUAAUUGUACGCAUUAAAACAUCAUGAACAUUCAAUAUAUAAAGAAUGUAGAAAAUUCAAUAUACAGUAAACAACAUAAUGGACUUAUACAAUAUGGAACCUCUGGUUUUCGAACCAAGGCAGAUUAUUUGGAGCAUGUACUUUAUCGAAUGGGAGUUUUAGCUGUCCUUAGAUCCAAGAUAUGUAAUGCUGCAAUUGGAUUGAUGAUAACAGCUAGUCACAAUGUAGAAUCAGAUAAUGGCGUAAAAUUAGUUGAUCCUAAUGGUGAGAUGUUAGAAACAUCUUGGGAAAUAAUAGCUAAUGAUUUAGCUAAUGCAAAUGACACUGAUGUUAUAACUGUUAUUCAACGUAUUAUAAAUGAACUAAAAAUUGAUAUGUCUGUGAGUGCAACAGUAAUAACAGGCAGAGAUACAAGAAAAAGUAGUCCUAGUUUAUUAGAUGCUGCACUUGCAGGUAUUAGAGCCUUGAACGGUAUUGUAAAAGAUUUUGGAAUUGUUACCACACCUCAAUUACAUUAUCUUGUUGUUUGUACAAAUACUAAUGGCAAUUAUGGAGAACCAACAUUGGAUGGCUAUUAUACUAAAUUUUCAAAGGCUUUCGAACGUAUGAGAAAAUACAAGAAUUCAUUUAAUAAUGAUAAAUAUAUAGCAGAGUUACAAUUGGAUGCAGCAAAUGGUGUUGGUGCACUUGCUAUGAAAGAAUUUCAGAAACACAUAGGUUCUGCACUCAAAGUUAAUAUUUAUAAUGAUGGAAAUGGAGAACUAAAUCAUAUGUGUGGAGCUGACUAUGUUAAAAUACAACAAAAAGUACCAUUAAAUAUGCAACAGGAAGCAAAUGUUAGAUGUGCUUCCAUAGAUGGAGAUGCAGACAGAAUAGUUUAUUUUUAUGUAGAUGAAAUCAAAAAAUUUCAUAUUCUUGAUGGAGAUCGUAUAGCUACUCUUGUAGCAGGUUAUAUCAAAGAGCUUCUUGAAGAAAGUUCUUUGCAAUUAAAUCUUGGCCUAGUUCAAACUGCAUACGCUAAUGCAGGUUCAUCUAAUUAUAUUUCGCAAAAAUUGAAAGUUCCAGUUGCAUGUGUUUCAACAGGUGUAAAACAUUUGCACAGUAAAGCAACAGAAUUUGAUAUUGGUGUUUAUUUUGAAGCAAAUGGUCAUGGGACUGUGGUUUUUAAAGAAACAGCUAUCCAAUCUAUUUCAAAUGCUGCAGAAAAUCUUAAGUUAAAAGAAAAUGAACGUACUGCCGCUGGAAAAUUAGUACAUAUUAUAAAUAUUAUUAAUCAGACAGUUGGCGAUGCCUUAAGCGAUAUGUUGUUAAUAGAAACUAUUUUACAUUCCAAAGGAUGGAGCAUUAUUGAAUGGGAACAAAGUUAUACAGAUUUACCAAAUAAACAAAUGAAAGUCAAAGUUAAAGACAGAAAUAUUAUUACAACAGCUAAUGCAGAAAGACAGUGUGUUACACCAAUAGGAUUGCAAGAUGAAAUUGAUAAAGUCGUAGCUAAUUAUUCAAAAGGAAGAAGCUUCAUCAGACCUUCUGGCACUGAGGACAUAGUACGCGUUUAUGCAGAAUGUGAAAAUCUAUCUGAUGUUGACAAAUUGGCUGCAGAAGUAUCUUUACUUGUUUAUAGACUUGCUGGAGGUAUUGGACCAGAACCUACUUUGUGAUAACGACACUGAUCUUAUCUCAAACUUAACGCUUUUAUCAAAUCUGCAUUUAGUUUUAUCAAAAAAAGACAAUACAGAAAUUGUUUAUUUUUAA